CGUGUUGCCCGGCUGCGAACGGGGAAGGGAGCCGCCUGGCCUCCGCUCGGCGCCAUGAGCUCCCAGCCGGUGCAAGGGCUGCCCCUCCUGCCGGGCUCGUCGUUCCGGGACCCCACGAAAACUGCCUUUCACCGCUCUCAGACCUUGGGUUACAAGAAUGGCUUUGCCUUUAAGAGGUUUCCAACCACAGGGAUCGGUGGCCAACGGCUUCAUGUCAACCAGUUGUCCCCAGCUGAACUGGAUGAACUGGCCAACAAGAGACCCACUUUGACCUAUGGCCAAGCCAAGCAAGCCCCACCUUCAGACUUCAUCCCAGCCCAUGUGGCUUUUGACAAAAAGGUGCUGAAGUUUGACGGUUACUUUCAGGAAGACGUCCCCAUAUCUACGGAAGAGCACUUCCGCAUCCGCCAAGUGGGCAUUUAUUAUUACCUGGAAGAUGAUAGCAUGUCUGUCAUGGAGCCCAUUGUGGAAAACUCUGGGAUUCCCCAGGGCAAGUUCAUCAAACGCCAACGUCUGCCCAAGAACGAUCGUGGGGACCAUUAUCACUGGAAGGACCUGAACAGAGGAAUCAACAUCACUAUCUAUGGCAAGACCUUCCGGAUCGUUGAUUGUGAUGCCUUCACCGAGACUUUUCUGGAGAGCCAGGGAAUAGAACUGAACCCUCCGGAGAGAAUGAUUUUUGACCCUUACACAGAGCUGCGUAAGAUGCCUCUGCGCACGUACGUCACACCCUCAGAUUUCGACCAACUCAAGCAGUUUUUGGCCUUUGACAAGAAGGUCCUCCGCUUCUAUGCCAUGUGGGAUGAUACCGAGAGCAUGUUUGGUGAGAACCGGCGUUUCAUCAUCCACUACUACUUGGCCGAUGACACAGUGGAGGUCCGGGAGGUGCAUGAGCGGAAUGACGGCCGGGACCCUUUCCCUGUGCUGAUAAGACGCCAGCACCUGCCCAAAAAGCUUGCAGAGAAGAAAGGACCCUUCCCAACUUGUGUGCUGGAGAUCUCUGAUCAGGAGGUCCUGGAAUGGUUCACGGCUAAAGAUUUUGCCGUAGGCAAAUCCACUACCCUCCUUGGGCGCUCUUUUUUCAUCUAUGAUUGUGACGAGUUCACGCGGCAGUUUUAUCAGGAUAAGUUUGGCAUCACUGACUUCCAUCCAGUCGAUGUACGGAAGCCUCCUCCGGAGGAAGUCAAGCAGGAAAUCCCCCCGUACAACGGUUAUGGUUUCCUUGAAGACUCUCUCCAAAACUGCUUCAGUCUGAUUCCUCAAGCGCCCAAGAAAAACGUUCUCAAGAUGCUAGAGAACGACCGAAAAGUGUUGCGCUAUGCAGUUAGGCUGGAAUCGCCCAAUCCUGAAGACAGCAAGCGUCCUUUUGUGCUCUCCUAUUGCCUUGCCACCGACAUGAUGAGUAUCUAUGAACGACCUGUGCGCAAUUCGGGAAGAAUUGGAGGCAAAUUCCUAGCCAAGACCAAGGUGUGCAAGCCAAACUCCACUACAGACAACCCUGUUUACUAUGAGCCACCUGACUUCACCAUUGGAGCCAUGGUGGAAGUGUUCAGCCACAGGUUCAUCAUCGUGGAUGCUGAUUCAUUUGUCCUGAAGUAUAUGGAAAGCAAUUUGGAGAGUUUCCCACCAGCCGUUGUGCAGUCCAUGAGGGAUCACUUCGCACCUCGCCAGGCAGCAGCAGAGGCAGUAAAGAGGUUAGCUUCAGAUGAGCCUAACAAGCAGGAGCUGGAUGCCCUGACUGAGCAGAUACAAGAGCACAUGAGGCGGCACAACUACUUGCCAGACAGCAGCAUGCAGGCAGCGUUCCUCCAGCAAGACAAAGAUGGCUCCGGGCUCCUCAGCAGAGAAGAGUUCUGUGCCCUCUGUGACCACUUCAAAGUGCCUGUUGAUGACCCCCUUUUCCAGAAGCUGAUCGCCCUUUGUUCCCACGGUGAAAACCAGAUCAGAUAUCCCAACUUUCUCCGAGUUUUUGAGGGAUGAGCACCAAAAGGUAUAAGAAGCGGCAGCAGCAGCAG